AUGGCCCCUCCACAUCAAGAUUGGUUUAAAGCUAAUGUUGAUGCCGGCUGGAGAUCUUCUUUUAAUCUAACUGGUAUUGGUGUUUCUAUUCGAGACUCAUCGGGUUCUUUAGUUGCUACGGUUGCCUCCAUAUUGAAUAUAAUUUUUCCUGAGACUCUAGCUGAAAUUCGAGCCAUACUUGAAGGAAUCAAAGUUGCUUCUAGGAUACUUCUCUUGUCGAGGAAAAUGGAGAAUGGAACAGGAAUGAGGAUUAAAAAUUCCCACGAGGACGAGGAUGGAGAGUGCAUCCUCGACCUCGUCCCGUUAUGCUGA